UCGGGCCCGGUUUUAUUGGGACACUCCGGCGAAGCACUUCGGUGGCCUGCUUUUCUAAAGGAAGGGCGGUUAGUGCGGCCUCCAUUGUUCGAGAUUAAGGGCGCCAUGAGGGGCGACAGAGGCCGCGGCCGCGGGGGGCGCUUCGGCUCCCGAGGAGGCCCGGGAGGAGGGUUCCGGCCCUUCGUGCCACACAUCCCAUUCGACUUCUACCUGUGUGAAAUGGCCUUUCCCCGGGUCAAGCCAGCACCUGAUGAAACUUCUUUCAGUGAAGCUUUGCUGAAAAGGAAUCAGGAUCUAGCUCCUAAUUCUGCUGAACAGGCUUCUAUCCUUUCUCUGGUGACAAAAAUAAAUAAUGUGAUUGACAAUUUGAUUGUGGCUCCAGGGACAUUUGAAGUGCAAAUUGAAGAAGUCCGACAGGUAGGAUCAUAUAAAAAGGGAACGAUGACUACAGGACACAAUGUGGCUGAUCUAGUGGUCAUACUAAAGAUUCUGCCAACACUGGAAGCCGUUGCUGCCCUGGGGAACAAGGUCGUGGAAAGCCUAAGAGCACAGGAUCCUUCUGAAGUUUUGACCAUGCUGACUAAUGAAACUGGUUUUGAAAUCAGUUCUUCUGAUGCUACAGUGAAAAUUCUCAUCACAACCGUGCCACCCAAUCUUCGAAAACUGGACCCAGAACUCCACUUGGAUAUCAAGGUGUUGCAGAGUGCCUUAGCAGCCAUUCGACAUGCCCGCUGGUUUGAGGAAAAUGCUUCUCAGUCCACAGUUAAAGUUCUCAUCAGACUGCUGAAGGACUUGAGGAUUCGUUUUCCUGGUUUUGAGCCCCUCACACCCUGGAUCCUUGACCUACUUGGACACUAUGCCGUGAUGAAUAACCCCACCAGACAGCCUUUGGCCCUAAAUGUGGCAUACAGGCGUUGUUUGCAGAUUCUGGCUGCAGGUCUGUUCCUGCCAGGUUCAGUGGGUAUCACUGACCCCUGUGAGAGUGGCAACUUCAGAGUACACACAGUCAUGACCCUGGAGCAGCAGGACAUGGUGUGUUACACAGCUCAGACUCUGGUUCGAAUACUCUCACAUGGUGGCUUUAGGAAGAUCCUUGGCCAGGAGGGUGAUGCCAGCUAUCUUGCUUCUGAAAUAUCAACCUGGGAUGGAGUGAUAGUGACACCUUCAGAAAAGGCUUAUGAGAAACCACCUGAGAAGAAGGAAGGGGAAGAAGAGGAAGAGAACACAGAAGAACCACCUCAGGGAGAGGAGGAAGAGAGCAUGGAGACUCAGGAGUGACCUUCCUUUUAUUCCCUUCCCUCCCCAAGGAGAAGACUGGAGCCUAAGCUGGCUGCUACUGGGCUCUGUGGUGGCGUCAGUAGGGUAGGGGACACAGCAGGAAGAACAAACUUCAGAAAGAUGUCAUUCUACUGGGUCCUUAUGCUGGCUUAGCAGCCAGAAGUCUCCCAUUUAUGACUUAUGCCACCCAUCUGUAAUGAAGCAGGAUACCAACAUUUCUAAUAUUCUAGAAUCCUCAGUACCUGACAACCCCUCUAACCAGUACUUUGUUGUUGAAAUGUUGUGAACUGUUUUAAAUGUCUCAAGGUUUUUUUCUAAGAAAAACGAUUAAAGUACUUCCUAGUAGGGC